CAACCGCCACACCGUUGACGGACCGACGUAGCCGGAAUUCCGCAUCCUGAUGUCAAUGGCCUUGCAUUGGCUGUCCCCUGUCCAUUAGGGAGCCGUUGCUGACCGCUAACCAGGUGUUGCCAGUUUUGCGCUCGUCAGAACCAGCUGUUUCGAUCUGAACUCUGAAGACAAGACAGACACGACAGACUGCUACAGAUGCUCGGUGUUGGACGACUGCCACUUAUUUAAACACCUCGAAGAUUAGAAGUAGAGAGCACUCAACUCGAGGGAUUCCAGAGUAACAGAAAUAUGGAUUUGUUUGGGGUUCUGCAUUUGGACGAAGUGUCCCAUGGACUCGCUGGUCUGUCCAUGUUUCCACACUUUGACACGGCACAUUACGUUGUCUCAGUGAUGGCACUGCGAGAACAGCCAGGAGCUCUGGAGGUGGCGCGGAGGAGCCCGUUUGCCUGCUGGUUCAGUUCCAUGCUCUACUGCUUCGGAGGGGGCAUUCUCUCAGGUUUCAUGAUGGCUGAGGCCCCCAUAGCCUUCCUGUCCAACAGCACCAGCGUUCUCAUGGCCUCUGUCAUAUGGUACCUGGUGUUCUACUGCCCCCAGGACGUGGUGUACUCCUGUUCCAACACCUUCCCUCUGCGUCUGGUGCUGACGGGUAUGAAGGAGGUGACCCGCACAUGGAAGGUCCUUGGGGGUGUGGCUCAGGCACACAGCAAGUACAAGGAUGGACUGCUGGUGAUGAUCGCUAUAGGAUGGGCUAAAGGUGCUGGAGGGGGUCUGAUCAGUAACUUUGAGCAGCUGGUACGAGGAGUCUGGAAGCCAGAGACCAACGAGCUUCUCAAGAUGACCUACCCCACUAAGGUCACCUUGAUAGGAGCGGUGCUGUUUGCCCUGCAGCAGAACCAGUACCUUCCUGUCCAGAAACAGCACCUCAUGCUGCUCUACACUGUCUUCACCGUCGUCAACAAGACAAGGAUGAUGCUGACCGGCUCCUCUUCCUCACCCUUUGCUCCCAUCGAGUCUGUCGUAUACAGCACAUUCUUCGCUGGUCCGUCACCAUCCUCAUAUACCACCCUCACCACAGAGGCCGAGACCCUUGUAGUGAAGAAGCCGUCCACAGCCACUAAGAAGAGCAUCAAAGAGGCCUGUGAGAGCCUGAAUGGAGUAGCCCCAGGCUCCCCGUCCAAGACUGCUGCACACAAGAGGGGAAAGGGCUCCCCGAAGAAGGCCAAAGAGCAACCGGAAAGCACUGAAACUGAGAGCAAUAAGAAGAGUGACUAGUGACUGUAUACUGUAUUAUAUAGUCGAUAGAAUGGACAGCCACUUAUCACACUAGAAUUUGACUGGUAAAGGCAUGGGUACACUUAAUAUGGCCGCCAGUCCACCCAUUGUUAGUACAUUGACUUGAAUGGGGAUGUCCAUUCUAUAAAUUAUAUUUCUAUGCUGUGAUGCCCUCCUUGUCCUGUGACACCGUCAUCCUGUGAUAGGUCCCAAUUUGCUCACUUCCCCACCCCCUUGGUCCUAACACUUUGAUGUGUGUAGAUGUGUAAGCAAUAUGGUGAAAGCUUCACCACUACUUGUAUAUACUUAUCCAGAUCCUUCGGAUCUUCAAACAUCAAUUAUGGCUAGGGUUGCAAAAUUCCAGCAACUUUCAAUAAAUUCCCUGGUUUUCCUGAAAUCCCAGUUGGAUUCCUGGAAUCAGGGAAUAAUCAGGAAAUCUGGAGUCUUCCAACCAGGACUUUUGAAAACCUAGGGAAAUGAUUGAACGUUCCAGAAAUUUUGCAACGCUAGUUAUGGCCAAGUGGGAGGAAAUUGGGGACCGGCUGAAUGAGUGCAAAUAUAAUCUAUGCUGAUUUUAAUAUAUUAUACAGUAAAUGUAUCUAUUUUACUAUUUUAUAUUGAAGUUUGAUAAUCCUUUUCUAAUUAUGCGUUGAUGAAUCCAGUUUUUACUAAGGGAUAAAUACUGUCCAUGAUGCUGAUCGAUGACUGUCAGCCACGGUUUAACUGUAUUUUAAUAUUAAAUAUUCUGUUUUAUUGA